AUGGAGCCUUCGAUAGAAGUAGAGGCUGCUGGCUUGUGUGUGCGCCUCUCUUGUUUGGAGUUUGAGAACAUGCGACACAAGCGUGGGGAAUGGACCGAGAAUAUGCUCAACUUUGCUAUGGUGAUGAUUGCAAGGGAGAAGCUGACCGCGGAGCAGCUUUCGAGAGUUGUAAUCAUCCCCAUGAGUAAGGAGAGUGCGGGAGAGGUGGACAACCUGGGGCACGUUGGGGACGCUGCUGAGGACACGGGUGCCCCGCCCGUUAUUGACGCGGAAAUAGUCGCGUUGGGGGCCAUGCUUGCUGAGGGCGCACGAAUAGGUCUGGCCAACGAGCAUCAGAGCGUAACGGAUGGGGAGCGUCAGAUGAUGGAUAGAGAGGAACCACAUUUCCAGAGGAGGAGUGCGCGCGAGAUCUUGCGUGGAAUGAGGGAGGCGCAGCAGAGGGCACCAGAGGAUAAGACCGAGCGUCGCGGAUCGGAGGCCCUACAACAGAGGGGGGAGGGGGAGAGGAUGGAGGAGUUAGCAAUGGGUUUUGAGGCAGUGCACCGCCCGGUCGAGAAUGAUGAACAGGAGCAGGGGCAGGGUAUGGACAUGAGGCAAGGGAGUCCGAAUGUCGUAGGCGAAUUGGAUGCAGAGGUUCAGAGAGCGGAACGCGAGAAUAGGGUGGUGUAUCAGAGGCGGGAGGCAAGAACAAAGAGGAGGUAUGAUCAGGGGCGGGAAGCACGCGAGGGGGAAGAGGCGAAUCAGAGGGUGGAACAGAAGCGUAUGAGGCUCGAGGACGAGGAGCGAGAGGAGCGUGCGAUGGAGGGGGACAGGGAGAGGGAGGAACGGGAGCGGAAGAGGGAGGAAGAAAAUGAGAGGGAGGAAGAGAGGAAAGUGGAGGAGAAGCGGCAGAGGGAGGAGGAAGAGCGGAAGAGGGAGGAGGAGAAGGCUGAGCGCGAACAGGAGGAGAAGCGGCAGAAGGAGGAAGAGCGGAAGAGGGAGGAGGAGAAGAAGGCUGAGCGCGAACAGGAGGAGAAGCGGCAGAAGGAGGAAGAGCGGAAGAGGGAGGAGGAGAAGAAGGCUGAGCGCGAACAGGAGGAGAAGCGACAGAGGGAGGAGGAAGAGCGGAAGAGGGAGGAGAAGAAGGCUGAGCGCGAACAGGAGGAGAAGCGCCAGAGAGAGGAUGAAGAGCGGCAGAGGGAGGAGGCGAGCAGGGUGGAGCGCGAAAAGGAGGAGAAGCGACAGAGGGACGAGGAAGAGCGGAAGUGGGAGGAGAAAAAGGUGGCGCGCGAACAGGAGGAGAAGCGGCAGAAGGACGAGGAAGAGCGGAAGAGGGAGGAGGAGAAGGCUGAGCGCGAACAGGAGGAGAAGCGCCAGAGGGAGGAGGAAGAGCGGAAGAGGGAGGAGGCGAGGAGGGUGGAGCGCGAAAGGGAGGAGAAGCGACAGAGGGACGAGGAAGAGCGGAAGAGGGAGGAGGUGAGGAAGGCUGAGCGCGAACUGGAGGAGAAGCGGCAGAGAGAGGAUGAAGAGCGGAAGAGGGAAGAGGCGAAGAAGGUGGAGCGCGAAAAGGAGGAGCAGCGGAAGAGGGACAAGGAAGAGCGGAAGAGGGAGAAGAGGGCUGAGCGCGAACAGGAGGAGAAGCGCCAGAGGGAGGAUGAAGAGCGGAAGAGGGAAGAGGCGAGGAGGGUGGAGAGCGAAAAGGAGGAGAAGCGACAGAGGGAGGAUGAAGAGCGGAAGAGGGAGGAGGCGAGGAGGGUGGAGCGCGAAAGGGAGGAGAAGCGACAGAGGGACGAGGAAGAGCGGAAGAGGGAGGAGGUGAGGAAGGCUGAGCGCGAACUGGAGGAGAAGCGGCAGAGAGAGGAUGAAGAGCGGAAGAGGGAAGAGGCGAAGAAGGUGGAGCGCGAAAAGGAGGAGCAGCGGAAGAGGGACGAGGAAGAGCGGAAGAGGGAGAAGAGGGCUGAGCGCGAACAGGAGGAGAAGCGCCAGAGGGAGGAUGAAGAGCGGAAGAGGGAAGAGGCGAGGAGGGUGGAGCGCGAAAAGGAGGAGAAGCGACAGAGGGAGGAUGAAGAGCGGAAGAGGGAGGAGGCGAGGAGGGUGGAGCGCGAAAAGGAGGAGAAGCGACAGAGGGACGAGGAAGAGCGGAAGAGGGAGGAGGUGAGGAAGGCUGAGCGCGAACUGGAGGAGAAGCGGCAGAGAGAGGAUGAAGAGCGGAAGAGGGAGGGGGCGAAGAAGGUGGAGCGCGAAAAGGAGGAGUAG